GAUCGCGUGAUGUGAGAGUGGCCGGUGCUCUUCCCCAAGGUGGCGGCGCUAGCUCGGAGCUGGGAAGCGAAGGCCUGGCUGCCGGGGAAGGGCCCGCGCCGCUCGCCGCCCAGCGUGCCCCCCCCCCCCGGGGCCCUAGGAUGGUAAAAUGACCCAGGGGGGGAAGAAGAAGAAACGGGCCGUGAACCGCAGCAUCAUGCUGGCCAAGAAGAUCAUCAUUAAGGACGGCGGCACGCCUCAAGGAAUAGGUUCUCCUAGUGUCUACCAUGCUGUCAUAGUGAUUUUUUUGGAGUUUUUUGCUUGGGGACUUUUGACAGCACCUACUUUGGUGGUGUUACAUGAAACCUUCCCAAAGCAUACAUUUCUAAUGAAUGGCCUAAUCCAAGGAGUAAAGGGCUUGUUAUCGUUUCUCAGUGCCCCCCUCAUAGGUGCUCUCUCUGAUGUUUGGGGACGAAAGUCCUUCUUACUCUUAACAGUAUUUUUCACUUGUGCACCAAUUCCAUUAAUGAAGAUCAGCCCAUGGUGGUACUUUGCUGUUAUCUCUGUUUCUGGGGUUUUUGCAGUGACUUUCUCAGUGGUGUUUGCUUAUGUAGCAGAUAUAACCCAAGAACAUGAAAGAAGCAUGGCCUAUGGGCUGGUUUCAGCAACUUUUGCAGCAAGUUUAGUUACCAGCCCAGCUAUUGGUGCCUACCUUGGUCGAGUCUAUGGAAACAGCCUGGUAGUGGUCCUAGCUACAGCUAUAGCUUUGUUGGAUAUUUGUUUUAUUCUUGUUGCUGUACCAGAAUCACUGCCUGAGAAGAUGAGGCCAGCAUCAUGGGGAGCACCCAUUUCUUGGGAACAGGCUGACCCCUUUGCAUCACUAAAGAAAGUGGGUCAAGAUUCCAUAGUGCUGCUAAUCUGCAUAACAGUCUUUCUUUCCUACCUCCCGGAGGCAGGUCAAUAUUCCAGCUUCUUCCUAUACCUCAGACAGAUAAUGGGAUUUUCACCUGAAAGUGUUGCAGCUUUUAUAGCAGUUCUUGGGAUUCUCUCCAUUAUUGCACAGACAGUAGUUUUGAGUUUACUUAUGCGGUCCAUUGGAAAUAAAAACACCAUCUUACUGGGUCUGGGAUUUCAAAUAUUACAGCUUGCAUGGUAUGGUUUUGGCUCGGAGCCUUGGAUGAUGUGGGCAGCAGGGGCUGUUGCAGCAAUGUCUAGUAUUACGUUCCCAGCAGUAAGUGCACUAGUUUCACGAACUGCUGAUGCUGAUCAACAGGGUGUUGUUCAAGGGAUGAUAACAGGAAUUCGAGGAUUGUGUAAUGGUUUGGGACCAGCACUUUAUGGUUUUAUAUUCUACAUAUUCCAUGUAGAAUUGAAUGAACUCUCAGUGACUGAAACUGAAUUGGGAGGUAACAUGGCCACACAACACCAUUCACAACAGACCACUUGAAAAUUGCUGAGGGUCUCAGCAGACAACUUAAUGAUCUUUCCAAAUGUUGUUCGUGCCAUUAGCUAACUGUUGUAAAGCACUUUGAAUAAAAGUGCUAUAUUAAAAAAAACACAUUUUAAUAUCAGUCUUACCUUCCUUGGUGUGUUGGAUGUGCCCUCUCUCACCGUAGCAGCCCCCAAGCUGUGGCUGGGAUGGAGGGAGGUCUCUCCCCUGCUGCAGCAGCCCCCGAGCUAGGGAAAGUCUCUUUCUCUGGCUGUCGCAGCCCUGCAUGUCCCAAAUUCCCCCUCCCACCUACCCCUUAUUCCCCCCCUCUCUCCCAAGGCCACCACCUCACCUUACAUGUGCAUCUUCUCCAAGGUUCAGGCACCUAAUUAGUGGAGUCAUGCAUGGCUCCACUAAUGAGGUAGAUGGCCCUUCAUUCUUUUGUGUGCUGCCACUCAGGCAUGCAUCUUAGAGGGAACUAUCCAUGGGCCACCUGAAUGGAGCUUGCGGGCCACUGGUGGUCCGUGGACCACAGUUUGAGAACCUCUGUCCUAGACCUUGGGGAGGGGGCGCGGAAAUAAAUUGGAUACUCUAGUUCAUCUUGCUGCCCUGUGACACAUUCUACAGUGCAUUAGACAGUCCAGCUUUAAAUGAAUCGAGCAGAGGGACUUCUCUAACCCCUUCUAUUGUGAGACUCUUGACCUGUCUAAUAACUCUUGCAAUUAAGACAAUCCUCUUGAUAUUGAGCCUAAAUUUUCCAGUGACUAAUCAAUCCCAUUGCUCCUUUGGAUCACCCUAAAAAGAACCCUGUUGGUUCAUGUUUUUAAACACUUUCCUAUUCUCCGUCUUCUGACCAAGUUACACAUCUCUUCAUUCUUUCCUUGUAUGCUGGUCUCUCUUGCCUGUUAACUUCUGCUUUUCUCUAAAUUUUUUUAAACUUGUAAAUAUUUUUUUCUGGUACUAUGUGCCCAGAAUUGUAUCUUAAGUCUAUUGAAUAUUGAAAAACACAUGAUUUAGACUGGACACUAAAAAGCUGAAUAUGCUUUGCUCUUUUCAUACUUUCUUGUGGCACAGUUCUUCUCCUUGCCACUUUCUCCUCUUUAUCUGACAUUGGAAAACGUUCUGGCCUGUCGAUAUGCCUCUGCCUAAAAAGAGGCAUAAAUUGCCAUUAUGGUCAUAGAUACCAGCCUAUGCACUACUUCUUCAUUUCUUGAAAGCAACUGAGUGCCAUUUCUGGUCCUUCCAGCUAUAGCUUACUUUGAAAAAUAAAUUAUCUAAAACUUACUGCUUCAAAAUAAGUCUACAAGUCAGCCAGUCUUUUUGAUGGUGUGGUGAAAGACAAAGCUUGAAGAUCUUGUCCUUUAUUUACACUUGACUGAAGGGGGGCAGGGGGGUUGGUUUACUCAAUUUACUUGAAGUAUUAAUGCUCAAAUCACAUGAGCGCAUGAAUGAAAAGAGUAAAACCAUAGAAUGAAAUACUGUAAAUUAACUUUCUGGCUGAGCCAAAAAAUAAGCAAAGCGACUUGGAUCAUAGUCCCUUUUGUAUAGUUAAAUGACUUCUUACAGUGUCUAGGGCCAUGGCUACACUGCCACUUUACAGCGCUGCAACUUUCGCGCUCAGGGGUGUGAAAAAACACCCCCGAGCGCUGCAAGAUACAGCGCUGUAAAGCCUCAGUGUAAUC